UUGUAAUGACAUUGACGUGCUCAAUUUUAGAAGCAUUCGGCUGUGGGCAUUGUUUUAUCGUAUUUUUAUUAUUAUUUAUAGUUUUUGUACGAAAUUCAUGUGAUAAAUAUCCUUUAAACUCAUAAGAUAUUUUAUUCUUAGUUUAGUUCGUGGGUCCAAGCAUAAUAUUAUUAUCAGUGUGCACAAUGACGGAGGUUUUACCUGCAGAGGAAAGCAAACAAGAUCGAGUUGUCACUAUUCUCAAUGGCUUUCAAAUUAAUUGGAUGAAUCUUCGGGAUGCUGACACAGGUAAAAUCCUCUGGCAGCACAAUGAAGACAUGUCCAGCCCUGAGGUGGAGCAUGAGGCUCGCGUCCCCAAACGCAUACUGAAGUGUCGGGUUGUCUCUCGGGAGAUGAACUUUAGCUCUAUCGAGAGCAUGGAAAGGUUUCGACUUGAACAGAAAGUGCUUUUCAAAGGGCGCUGCUUAGAGGAAUGGUUCUUUGAAUUUGGUUAUGUGAUACCAAAUUCUACUAAUACCUGGCAAUCUAUUAUCGAAUCUGCCCCGGAGUCGCAAAUGAUGCCGGCUAAUGUUUUGAACGGAAACGUCGUAAUAGAAACAAAGUUCUUCGACGGGGAUCUUCUAAUUACAACAUCAAAAGUGCGCUUAUUCUACGUAUAACUGAUUGUGCACUGCUCAGCAUUUACUGGCAUUUGAUUUAAUAUGCAUUUAAGUACAUUUGUUACGUUAUUUUGGUCUCAGGUCCAGCAUAUUUGUUUAUAAAAAAUGUCAAUUAAGAAGGCAUGUAUUUCAAUUGCUAUAAUAUCUCGUCAAAAAUCAUUAGCCUGUUUUUUGUGAGUUUCACAUAUGAUCCUGGACCCGGGCUUGUACCCAGAGGAUUUAUAGAAAAUACUUACAUUUCAUAGGCUCAAUGAGUUACUGUUAAGAAAAUCGAUCAGUGAAAUAUUUAUAAUGCAUCUACUCUCACCUUACACGGAAUUUAAUAUAAUAAAAUGUUAAUAAUCGUGUAACAAUCUAUAGAUAGCAAAUAAGAACUUUACUAUAGAAGCACCACAAAUUUAUAAAAUGAAAAUUUAAUGUGCACUUGUGUAUUGUAGCAGGUUCUCAAAAAGCGCUGUGACACACAUUCUAUUAAGUAAAAUACCAUUCGUCACAUUAAUUUUUUAUCUUUUUAAAAUGUUUUGCAUUAAGAUGUUAUAUUUUUUUUUUAUUGUAUUUGGAACACUUUAGUGAUAAUUAGGCAGUGAGCGUCAAUCUUAUUUUGUAUAUUCAGAUUUAACUCGAUAUAUUUAUUUCUAAAAUCUUUCAUUUUACUAUGAAAGGCUACUUAAUAGCCGCACAGGUCUUGUUUUAUUUUAUGUUAAUAAAUAGACGGUUUAUCCAUAUAAACUAUACAGGAUAAUCUAAUGAAAAUUACAUAAGCAUUUACCUUAGAAAUAUUUUUUUCUUUACAUUAAUUUAUCAUAGGAUAAAAUUAUUAACCUGAUUAUAUAUUAUUAUAUUACUUUAUGUGUGUAUUAUGCUCUAAGUGAUAUAAAAUAAAUAUUUCCUUUAUAUGGUAACUGAAUGAUACCGUAAUAAAAGAUUGACGCUCACGCUAUUAUAUUUGUACAUUUUCAUUUGUCUAGUCAAUGUUCACCUAUAAGUAUUGCCUUAUAUAAUAAAUUAUACGUAAUAUGUAGGUAGAUAUAAAACUUGCUCACAUUUACCUUAUAAUAGUUAAUUUAGAAGUAAUUGCGUCCGAGUUAAAUCUUACUAAACAGCACUAUGUCAUUUUAAUAUAAUGUGUAUGUUCAAAAAUAAAAAAAAAUGUCGGAGGCUCAGGAGGGAUAAUAUGAAUAAUAUUAAAACAUCUGUAAUAAUCAGUUUUUUAAGCAAGAUGAAUUUUUGUUAAGUAAUAAAUCGCAACAUAUCACUAUUAUUAUUUAAUUAUAAUACUUACUGAAUAAAUAUUCAUUUUCAUUUAUUAAUACAAAUUUAUUAUUUAUAACUACUAAUAAUAAAUUGAUAAUCAAACAAAUAUGUGAACAUCGGGACGCCAGUGAUAACAUAAUCCAGUCAAACCUUGUGCGUUGAUGAAAAGAAAGUUUACACAGUCUGGCACCGUAACGCGUUACGUAACGAAACGUUUGACUCGACCAUAAGACGUUAUUACUUCUGUACAGAACUGUAUUAAUCAUUUAUCGACUUCUAAUUAAAUUUUCGAAUUAAUUUGAAACGGUGACGAAAAAUUUGACUUGUAUCUCUGUUUCUUUCAAAUAAAUUUUUCUAUUUUCUAUAAUACAUAAAAACCUUAAAUGUGAUCAUGUGUUAAACACCAUGGAAAGUAAAUUACCAUAGAAAGUAAAUUUUAAUGAUAUUGUAAGACUAUUAUUUCAAUUCUAAAAUCAUACAUAGGCAUCGUUCACAGUAAUUUUAUAAAUACUUACAUAAAAUAAUCACAUCGUAGUAUUGGUGUUGCCCGCACAUAUUCAUAUUCAAUUAAUUAUUAAUUAAAUAAUUACUAUAAAUGGAUUGCGUUCGAAACGCACGCAAUGAAAUGAAUAUUUUGUAACUGUGUAGAAAUAAAUCAU